GAGGAGGAAGCCGAAGCAGGAAGGAAGGCAGGCAGGCAGGCAGAGAACGAGGAGAGGCAGGCUGUGAAUGCUAACGAGCCCCCGUCGUAAUAGAGCUCCGUAGGCAGGGUUUGAUAAAACGCCUUUUAAAUGGAGAAGAACGACGACCACUUUUAAACACCUACUAUGCGCCAGUGCCGCGUUCGCCUUGCGCGCGUGCAACAGCCUCACCGUCGUCGGCACGUUUGAUCAGAAAACCCGUCUUUUUCCGCUAAAUGAAAUGUAUCGCGACUGCUCGGGAUUCACAUUCUGACAAUGGAGAUUGAAAAUAUCGUGGCUAACACGGUUCUCCUGAAGGCACGAGAAGGUGGAGGAGGGAAGAGGAAUGGUCGCAGUAAGAAAUGGAAGGAGAUGCUCAAACUGCCCCACAUCAGCCAGUGUGAGGAGCUACGCCGCACUAUUGAGAGGGACUACACCAGCCUAUGUGAGAAGCAGCCAAUUGGUCGGCUGUUAUUCCGUCAGUACUGUGACACCAGGCCAGAGCUGAAACGCUGUAUCGAGUUUAUGGACGCUGUGGCCAUGUACCAGCUAGCUCCUGAUGAGAAGAGGAGGGACUGUGGACUGAAUGUAUUAGACACAUACUUUAAUAAUGGGUCAGCGGCCCAUCUGCCAGACCUACCCCAGGAUGUGGUGGCAGGGUGUCGGGAGAAGUUGGAGCAGAGUCCAUGCAAGGAGCUCUUCAAUGACUGCACCAAAAUAGUUCGUGAUUAUCUGAGUGGAGCUCCAUUUUCCUCCUACCAUGAGUCCAUGUACUUCUCUCGCUUUCUGCAGUGGAAAUGGUUGGAGAGGCAACCAGUAACCAAAAAUACCUUCAGACAUUAUAGAGUACUAGGAAAAGGUGGAUUUGGUGAGGUUUGUGCCUGCCAAGUACGUGCCACCGGUAAGAUGUACGCCUGUAAAAAGCUGGAAAAGAAACGAGUGAAGAAAAGAAAAGGUGAAGCAAUGGCACUAAACGAAAAACGCAUUUUAGAAAAAGUUAACAGUAGUUUUGUAGUUAGUCUAGCUUAUGCCUAUGAGACCAAGGAUGCGCUGUGCCUGGUAUUGACCAUAAUGAAUGGAGGUGACCUAAAGUUUCACAUCUAUAACAUGGGCAAUUCGGGCUUUGACGAGCAGAGGGCCAUCUUCUACGCUGCUGAAAUAUGCUGUGGCCUUGAGGACCUGCACCGUGAAAGGAUAGUCUACAGGGACUUGAAACCUGAAAACAUCCUUCUGGAUGACCGUGGACACAUUCGAAUUUCAGACCUGGGCCUUGCUGUUCAAAUUCCUGAAGGAGAGACGAUACGAGGGAGAGUAGGCACCGUUGGAUACAUGGCCCCCGAGGUGAUCCAGAACGAGAGCUACAACUUCAGCCCAGACUGGUGGGGGUUGGGCUGCCUGAUCUUUGAGAUGAUUCAGGGCCAGUCCCCAUUCCGAAAACGCAAAGAGCGUGUCAAGCGAGAGGAGGUGGACAGACGAGUGCGUGAAGACCCGGAAGAGUACUCCGACAAGUUCUCAGAGGAGGCGAAACACAUCUGCAGACAGCUCCUGUCAAAGGACCCCAAGGAGCGAAUGGGAUGCCAGGGUCGAGGGGCCAUAGAGGUCAAGCAGCACCCCAUCUUCAGAAAUAUAAACUUCAAACGGCUGGAGGCUAACAUGUUGGAUCCUCCCUUCAGUCCUGAUCCUAGAGCCGUCUACUGUAAAGACGUCCUGGACAUCGAGCAGUUCUCCACUGUCAAAGGCGUGAACCUUGACCCCACAGACGACGACUUCUACCACAAGUUUGUCACAGGAAGUGUCUCCAUCCCGUGGCAGAAUGAGAUGAUUGAGAUGGAGUGCUUCAAAGAAAUUAACGUCUAUGAGACUGACGGGACACUUUGCUCAGACCUGGACGUGAAUCGACCCAAUCCUCCACCAAAGAGGGGCUUCUUCUACCGCCUGUUCAGAAGAGAGGUAUGUUUUAAGAGCAGUUACAGCGACGAUGAGAUUGAAGAGCCCUCUCGACUUUAAACCACUCCUUUCACCUGCCUCCUCCUCCCCCUCGCCGCUGAACUUAGCUACAAACUCCAACCGAGCGGGAAUCUUAGGAACUCAGUGAAUGUUGACCUGUAUUUAUGAGCUGUAUUAAAAGUGUAUUAUAAUUAAAGAAAAAAGUAUGAGUUUAAAGAUUUUGUACAUUUGUACUUGAAUUUAUGUCUAGAUGUAUAUUUUCACUAAAGGUUGUAUUGUACAAAAAGCCAUAAAAGUACCACUUGAAUGCUUACAUUACAUUUAUUUUCCUUUUUAUUUACUUUUAGAAUGAGUAUGGAAGUGUAUCUGGGACUUUUUUGAAGAAGCACAGCAACAUAUGUUUUUUUUAAUUUCUCAAUGUAGCAUAAGGCCUUUUUUUUAAUCUGUGCUGUAUGUUUGUCAUUUAUUUUGCCAACACAACUUGUUAGUAAAUGAAAACCACCUGGUCCCGUAUAUAUAUAACUAACUUUUAGCCUCCACACCCCUCAUGGCUCAGGUGGUUCUGAAUGAAGCUUGUUGAUAUAAUAGAUAAAGGGGAAAUAAAUCCAUUCUAACGUUUCUGUAUUUAUGCCUUUGAACAUGUUUUGUAGAUCUCGACUUGUCCCCCUUUAUUUCACUUUGUUUGGAAAGGAUUUUCCACGUCUUUCUCUAAAGCAAUUUUGUCCCAUUGCACUAGUUUGAAGUGCAUAUCUAGUAAACAGUCCUCUGGAUGCUUGUACAAAAUUUGAUUCUUGCAAAGUGUGGAUUUACUUCUGAUAAUCUCUACGUCAGCAUGUGCAGCAAUACAAAUCUUUUAAGAUACAAAAUAAAUAGCUCUAGUAAUAGGCUUCCCUCUGUUAAAGAAGGCCUGGUAAUUAGCAUUCCUGAAUCUUUCCAAAUACGUCUUCAGCUGAUGUUAGACAGUGUUGCCUUUGGAUGCAAAGCUGUAAAAUCAAAGUAUGUUACAUUAUUCACCCUGGCCAAAAAAAAAAGUGUGAUUCAUCUUUAUUCCUAAUCCUUUUUUUGCUUCUUUAAAUUAGUUGCUUUUUUCUAACAUGUCCAGUUAAGUUGAACCUUGUUUCCCAGCAAGGCAGAGGGAAUUAUAUUACUUAAAAUAUCCCUGUAAUUUGCUACCCAUAUAUAGUGAAUACUAGAAAGUUUAGGACAGGUUAACUAGAGAAUGAAGUGGAACAUAGAGAAAUAUGUGGAAGAAGACACUGUAUUACCUAUCUGAAUCUACAGCUGACAAAGGCCUCAUCUAGAUAGAAAAUGAUGGUUGCAUAAAACUAACUUGCAUCAAUUUAGCUGUUAGCAGCUAGUAACCCCCGGGCUAAGUCAAGAUGCAGCCUGCUUUGGCCUGUGCCUGCUUAUCAUAGAUAGCAUGUUGCCUCUUAGACACAUAUCAUGCUUCAUAACCUUCACUCAGAACCUGCUGCUUAAGCUGUGUUUUUUUUUCCAGAUCCAAAUAACAUUUCUGCGAUCAUAACUACUCCAGUGAAACCCUUUAUGUUCUUCUCUCCCAGGCCUGACCUUAGGCAGUUGAUUGUGUCUGUUGUAGGCAUAAGGGAAUCCUGUUUAAAAACUUUCCUUAUAUAGUUACCGUCAGCUGUGCACAGGAACAGUCAACCACUUGCAGAACCACAGCUGAUGUGCACUUAAUGUCUUAUUUUCUUAUCGAGUAAUCAAAAUACGAACAAAUACUUUUUUCUGUACAUUACCCACAAUGUUCUAAUACGUUUGUAAAAUGUUAACUUUUUUUUGUGUUUGUUAUCAGUGACAUUAUGGAGGCAUUUUCAGACAGUUUUCUUCUGAGCUUUGAUUUUAGGGCUGUUGCUGUUUAAUCACAACCAUCUGUUUUAAUGCUGUGAAUACCCAAUCUGGACAUGUUACCCGUGCCGGUGUGUGUGUUUUUGUGUAUGUAUUAGACUGUAUGCAAAUACAGCUUUUAUUCAAUGUAGUGCAUUGAAGUACAAAAAUACAAUAGUUCAUAUUCAUGACAGGGCUUGAAUGUCACAGAGUUGAAUUUCAAACUAUUCAAGACUGCUCUCAUUUCAGAUGGUACGCAUAAAUACCCCAUCUCUUGGACUAAUUUGGAGAGUUGGUUCUUUUCUAGAAAUGUUGUCCCCAGUUGCACAUUCCAUCAUGAAAAAAAUCAGGAACUGAAUGCGUGCAUUAAGCUGUUGCUGGCUUGUCGUCACUUGAGUCUUUGUCUUUUUUUUUUGUUGCUCUCAGGCACAUCUUGUUUUUCUGUUUCUUUCGCCUAUGUAGAUUUUAGCCUUAUAGCUCUUUAGCCUCAAAAACCUUGUAAAUUUUGUAUUUCUAACCUGUAACUAAACUCUAACACACACUCAGUCACUCUCACAGGGAAACUAAACUGUGUUUGCCAAUCAUGCCUCAGUCAUUGUUUGAACUUUACUCUUAUGCCAUCCAUGUUGCAGUAAAGCGAUUCUGUUAAUUUCAUUGCACUAUUGUGUGUUUUGACAAUGACUAUAGGAAGUGUCUUUAACUUUUUUGCGAAUGAUACCAAAAGCUACAUUGAGUAAAUUCUACUUAUUUUUAGUGGGGAAAAAAACUGAAGAAAGACUGACAGCCUUUAUUGUACUGUAUGUGCCAAUUACCAAGUUAAGUUCUGUCAUCCCGCCUUUUUCAGCCUCUUUAUCAUUCCGUCCAUCCUCAAAGAAAUUCCUACACAUAAAGGAACUUUAAACUGCUCAACAGUUUUGAAUGUCCGCACUAAGUGCAUUGUAAUGCCUGUUUUAAAAAAAUACAUAUGUUUUAUUACUCAAGCAUGUAUUGGUUUGUAAUACUUCAGGCUCCUUGUAUAUGUAAAUGAUGACCUUCUAGUGCCAACAUAUCUCACUGGUAUCUGAAGACAACUUUAUAAAUGGCAAGGUGACCAGCUGAGUUGGCCCUGUUUGAAUACAUGACAAGCAUUUCUUCUCUUCUGCCUUCCCCUACAGCGGUGAUGAUGAGUCUCCCCCUAAUAUAACUGGGAUGGUGCUCAGCAGCAGCAUUAAGAGAUGGAGAUCCUCAGUUUCUUGAUGUCAUUUGAGUCUAGUUUUUGGAUAACCACCAUUAAAUGCCAGGAGCUCCUUCUGGGUUUGAUACUGUUCUUUCUGUAUAUGACGGAUAUGGGAUUUUUUUAAGGAAGGGAGGUAUGACAUGCAUUGUUCGUAUUCAAACAGGACCUGGGACUUCUUGAUUUUUCUUCUUUUUUAGUAACUGUACAGUCAUGUCGUUCAACCACUGCAGUCAUUGUUAAUUCUUGUACAAGUUGUAUCACUGGUUGUUGUACCAUAUCUGACAUUUGUAAUUAUAAAAUAAUACACUGCCAUUUGUAUAAAAAAAAAA